AUAUUAUGUAGCAGUUACUGCACACCAAGCAAUCUGAAAAGCAGAUGCUUUAGCAUCAGUAGAAUGUAACUUGAAUGCUGUGCUUAAUGUCACUUUGGUGAUAGCGCCAUUAAACAUCUGAAACUUGUCGUUGCGUUUCGUUAAAUAAUAACAAUAAUAAAAUAUCCAGUGGCUUGUAAACUGGGAAACAGCGUAACUGCUCCCUCUACUGAAAACCACUUAGUAUAGCAAAAAUAACAAGGCUUCGGAAUGACCCAAAUGAGGCAAUGUGGUGGGCUUUAAAAUAAUUGGCCAAAUAAUAUACUUGGCUUCCGGAAUUAUUUAAUUAUUUCAGAAUAGUAUGAGAAACCGGGGAUUCGAUUUUAUAAAUUAGGUAUUUUUUGGAUUUAAUUGCUGAAAAUAUGAUUAAACGAGCCAGUACGAUUGUUGUUCCCCCAAGACAGGAAGGGCUUGGUGCGCUCCAGUAGUAUUGAAGGAAAAGCUGCCCAGCUUGUUUAUUUUCACAGACGGCGAGCAGCGUAGAGGCGCAGGCCCGCACUGCAGACCUCCGACCGGUUACUUUUCGGUAAUUUCCUCUAAGUAACAGUCCAGUAGCUGUUGGCCAUGGCUCUGUGCGGGGGUGUCGGAGCCUUGGCCUUACCCAGCGAGCUCAUCGUCCACAUAUUUUCCUUCCUGUCCCCCCGGGACAAGCUCCGGGCCUCCGCCGUGUGUUCCCGCUGGAGGGAGUGUCUGUUCUACCCAGCGCUGUGGACGAAUCUGAAGCUGCGUGUCGGUGGCGGCACUAACGGCGGGGGCUCGGGGUCCGAGGAGACCCCCAAGCUGGAGUUUCUUAUGCGGAAGUUCGGGUCCUUCGUCCGAGAACUGCAGCUGGAGUUCGCCCCUGUGGAGGGUUGCCUCCAGCUGCACGGAGUGGAGGCGCCGCAGAGCGACCCCCGCUUCCCCGAUCAGUGGAAGGAUGCUGCGAAGACCUACCUGGACCAGGUGCUCUGUGUGCUGCGCGGCCUCCGGAACAACAGGAACAUAAGGAAGCUUAGCAUGUACGGCGACACCUGUAUUCUACAGGACGAGGGAGUUUUGGACAGCCUUCAUCUCAGCCAGGUCGACCAGGGUGGAAAGAAAAUCAAAGAAAUCCAGCGGCUGUUUGGGGAAAUCCUGGCUAAUAGCCGUCAGCUGAACUGGCUGUCCUCAGCAUUCAUGCUGGGUAUGGUGACUCCCAGCUCCUUGGCAGCCGUGUCCAACUCUAGCGCCGGAUCUCUGGAGCACCUCAGUCUGCUGGACAACCAGCUGGUGCCGCUGCUGGGGGUGGUGGAGCUGGAGCGGCUCCCACACCUGCAUUCCUUGGCGCUGGACUUCAGCGACUUCAGCGCCACCAUGUGUCGCCUGCUGUCAGGCGGUGACCGCGCGCCCCUGCACCGCCUUUCCCUGCUGCUCAACGGCGGCACCCUAGCGGGCAAGCCUCUGAAUGGCACCCCAGCCGACGACGACUGGAAGGCCCUGGUGCGCCACAGCGCCAACCUGCGCGUCUACAUCAUGGCCCUGGACACCGGCAGCCAGCACCUGCUGGCCAUCUUGAAGCCUAGCAUUCCGCUGGAGAGGAUCCACUUUGACAGCUACUCUGCCUCCACCAGCGAGGCCACGGUGGAGCUCAUCUCUCUGCAGUACCACAAGACCCUCACCCAUUUCACCCUCAUGAGGGACGACAGCGGCUUCCCAGACCUCAGUGACAAUCGCAACGAGGAUCCGCUGGUGCUUCUGGCUUGGCGUUGUAUCCAUCUGUCUGUACUGGUCAUCCAUGGUUACACGAUGUGGGCCCACAACCUCAUCGCCAUCUCACGCCUGCGUGGCUCCAACCUGAAGGUGCUGGCUGUGUCGGAGGAGAGCAUCGACUUUGACCCGUACCAGACCUUCUCCGUGGAGGAAGACCCCGUGCACAACCUUAUCAAGGAGGUGUCUCUGGGACUGGGCCGCGUCUGGCACCCCGUGAUGGACGCCAGCGUCGUCCUGAGCGAGCCCACACAGCACUUCUACCGCGAGGUGCAGAGCUUCAGCGAGGGCAUGUAACUCCUCGCGGCCUCGCCUGUCACUCUCCCCCUGUGUCCGCCCUCAGACCCCUCUCCCCCUGUGUCCGCCCUCAGACCCCUCUCCCCCUGUGUCCGCCCUCAGACCCCUCUCCCCCAUUCCCAGCCACUGACAUUGCCGUCACAUGUAAUGCCUAUGCUAAAUGCUCUUUACGCACUAGGCCCUGUCUCAUUUUAUGUUUUUUUUUUUUCCCCCCCAAUUUUUUUUUGUUUUCUGUAGUGAGAUCUAACCCUUUAUGUGCUGUUAACCCAGUAGUAGCUCUAUAUUUAUAUCUAUCUAUAUAUCUUGCUUCUGAAGAGUAUAGUCGGUAUUGGUUUAGUAGCUAAUAAGCGUGUGUGGGAGGGGCUUCUCUGUCUGGCUUAUGAUAUGUGCUGCGUUUUGUUCUGCUCUUAUGGACGAGUAUAGAGCUGCAGAGAGCUAAGGCUAUCAGUUUGUCCAUCCCUGCCUUUUUAAGAUGAGUAAAAUCCGUUGUACUCUUACCUUUGACGAGGCUUGCGUCUUCCGGCCUAGGACGGAGCACUGAUGGCUACCCCUCUGGGUCUAGAAUAUUCUUUUUAAACCGCGUGUUAGCUCUUUGCGAUGAUCCUACGUUCAGGACGCUGGUCCUGCUGGUUUUUGUUAUCUGGAAGCGCGUUUGUGUUGAUGGGACCCGUCCACCCUGAACGCAGAUGUUGGAGGCUGGACGCUAGGUCCACUGCGGAGCUCUGCAGGAUUCCAGGGCUCCUUCUCAGCCGCCCCCACAGGGGGGGGAGGGGGGUCACUCGCAGUCCCUCGAAAUACCUUUGGUCUGCCUCUGCUAUCAGCCAGGCACUAUGUGAGACUGUUGCGAUGAGGAUGACCACAAUCCAUGAGGCAGUUUGCCGGUCUUUCCGUUUGCUUGGGUAGUCUAGAGUCACAGUUGCCUUGAACGCCUCCUCCCCCCGCCCA